GUUCAAAUGUACCCACUCGAAAAAGAAUAAGAAGAAGAAUACAAUCAUUUUAUCUGACAGCUGACACUCUGACAGCGUGACAGCGACAGCACUCAUCAAUUCUUUCUGUUUUUGACUUUCUGGCCAAAAUGGGUCGACGACCAGCGAGAUGCUAUCGCUACUGCAAAAACAAGCCCUACCCAAAAUCUCGUUUCUGUAGAGGAGUACCAGAUGCUAAAAUUCGCAUCUUCGAUUUGGGUAAAAAGAGGGCUGCUGUGGAAGAUUUUCCUCUGUGCGUUCAUUUAGUCUCUGACGAAUAUGAACAACUCAGCUCUGAAGCAUUAGAAGCUGGACGUAUUUGUUGCAACAAAUAUUUGGUGAAGAACUGUGGUAAAGAUCAGUUCCAUAUUCGCAUGAGGCUUCAUCCAUUCCAUGUUAUCAGGAUCAACAAGAUGUUGUCAUGUGCUGGAGCUGAUAGGCUCCAGACAGGGAUGAGAGGUGCUUUUGGUAAACCCCAAGGCACAGUAGCUAGAGUGCGCAUUGGACAGCCCAUCAUGAGUGUGAGAUCUACUGACCGUUUCAAGGCACAAGUCAUUGAGGCUCUGCGUCGUGCCAAGUUCAAGUUCCCUGGCCGUCAAAAGAUCUAUGUCUCAAAGAAAUGGGGAUUCACCAAGUAUGAACGUGACCUUUAUGAAACUUUGAAGAAUGAUGGACGUUUAGCAUAUGAUGGCUGCAAUGUUCAGUAUAGGCCAGAGCAUGGACCCCUGAAUGCUUGGAAGAAAGUACAGGAUGAGAUUCAUUCUUGAAUUGUAAAUUUUUUUUCUGAAUAAAUUUAUUUAAUGAGUAUGUUGG